GCUAAAACCCUAGUAGCCCUCCACGAAUGGUCGCCGCCCCCCUCCGCGCACCACCAUGCUGCUCCGCCGCCUCCUCCACCCCUCCCACCACCUCCGGCGCGGCCUCCAGACCCUGACCACGACCACCAACCCCGCCGCCGCCGCCGCCGCGCCCUCGAUCCCGCAUCCUCUCUCCGCCCCUCUCCCAUUUCGCCGCCUCCCCGCCCGCCUCCUCUCGCCGCGGCUCCUCUCCACCUCUGGCGGCGACGACGACACCAGAAGACCGUGGGCCUUCACGCAGGACUCCGGAGAUCCGGACCCCUUCGCCGAUGUAGACCCCGCCGCCGCCGUCCCCGGCGAAGCGCCGCUAGGGUCGAGCGCCGUCGCCGAGGACCCGUGGUCGAAGGACUUCCGCGCGGAGGACAGCGACAAGGCCGACGUGUUCGAGGAGAUCUACAAGGAUGCGGCCGCGGCAGCGCCUUCCGCGAGGAAGGCGGCCCCGGCCGAGCCGUGGACGUGGGAUUUGGAGGGUGAGAAAGACGAUCCGUUCGCCGCGAGAAAGGAUGCCGCCGCGGCAGCGCGGCCUACCGCGAGAAAGGCGGCCCCGGCCGAGCCGUGGACGUGGGAUAUGGAGGAUGAGAAAGACGAUCCGUUCGCCGCGGCUGUGCUUGAUGUGGGGGUUGAGGGGAUCGCGGAUGAGGGUGCCCAGAUCGAGGAGCUUGUUGAUGGGAAAGAAGAAGAUGCGGAGCGUCAGCGGCAGGAGGACAAGGCGAGGGAGCAGCAGCUGAUGGAAACUCUCAAAGGUCCGGAUCGUGCAUUUGGGGAUCUCAUUUCUGCCUCUGGGAUUACAGAGGAUAUGAUUGACAGUUUGAUCCUCUUGAAGGAUGCCAGGGGAGUACCAGGAUUGCCUCCUCUAAGUGAAAUACAAGAUAGAGCUAUCCAGAAAAUGAAUGCAACAUCAAGCAGGGCUGAAGUAGAACGCCAAAUGCAAGAGGAAAUUGCUAAGGCACGUGUGAGACAAGUUGAUGAGAAAGGAAGGGCUUAUGGUACAGGUAAAAGGAAGUGCAGCAUUGCCCGUGUUUGGAUUCAGCCUGGUGAUGGCAAGUUUGUUGUCAACGACAAGCAGUUUGAUGCUUACUUCCCAAUUCUGGACCAUCGAGCUGAUCUUCUUCGGCCAUUUACUGUGACCAAGACGUUGGGGCUUUGGGAUGUAGCUUGUACUGUGAAAGGUGGUGGUGUUUCAGGUCAAGUUGGAGCUGUGCGCCUAGGGAUCAGCAGAGCCUUACAGAACUGGGAACCAGGACUACGCCCAUAUCUCAAAGCAGCUGGAUAUUUAACCAGAGAUUCGCGUGUGGUCGAAAGGAAGAAGCCUGGAAAGGCAAAGGCAAGGAAGAGCUUCCAAUGGGUCAAGCGUUAACAGGUCUACGUGCAAAAUUACCGUGCCACUGGUGGCAGGUCCUCUGCUCGUUGUUGUGGAUUUUCUAGUGAGCAGAGAUCUGUAUUCGCAUUGGAUGUGCUGUCACUUCGGCGGAAGGCCCGUCCAAGCUUUGUACUCGGAUAUUCCAGUCUGCAUCGGUCAUGGAGUUCCUGUGACACCAGAUGUUCUAUUUUUUGUAUGCUGAUACAGCAAAUUGAUCCGGGGAAAAUCUCAUUUUGACCAAAACAAGAUGCAGAAGAUACUUAGCCAUGAGCUGUUGCCUCUGAAUAAAACCGGGCCGCCAAAAAUGUUCAGUUCACAAUGUUCCUUUUCUCCUUUCAGUUUCAUAGGAGGAUGGCAUGGAUGUAUCCAUGCCAAAUGAACGCAGCCGUUUUAUUGAUAGCUAGUUCCAUACUGUAUUUCUCCUUGGGGUUUUUCCGUGUGUGCAGCACAACGAAGAUUAAAUUUUAUUUUUACAA